UACCCAUGCUCGAAUUUAUUGAUGUUCCUUGUGGACUAGUUGAGCAGAAAUCAAGGUAAAGCGAGCUCUCUUGAUAGACCGCUCGCCUAAAUGUGCGCGAGAUCUAAAAUUUUAUGUUGGAAAUCGAUGGGACAGGGUAACAGGGCCGAAAACUAGGGGCUAAACCAGUGUACGCUCAUCAUAUCCACGUUCUGCAAUACAGUGGUGACAAUAUGAAUUUUUAUAAAUUAUCUUCAUUGAAACUAUUUGGUUUUAUUAAAAAGUUUAAAAGUUGGGAAGAAUAUAUAUGAAAAUAAUUGUGAAUUUAAAGAGUAAUGUUGGCCGUUAAUAAUUGGUUAUUUGUUGGAAGAAAUAUUUGCAGUAAUGAAUUUAUAAAAUUCGCCGAAAUAGUUCAAGAGUUUGUUUUAAAAUUAAUAAAUAUUGUCAAUAUUUUUGAUAAUCAUUAUAAUAAUUAUUUAAACAGAUUAUCUGAAGCGGUGGUUGAUAACAAUAACAAUAAUAAUAUAUACAAAUCAUGGCUAAAGAAAAUCAUUCGUACAGAUCAACGCUACCAGUGCGUGGACACUCCGAGGUGAAUCUUUGCUCGGUAAUUUCACUGGGCAAGGACCUCAGUAAGAUCGUGAUGCCAGUCACCUUUAAUGAACCUCUUUCAUUCCUUCAAAGAGUCGCUGAGUAUAUGGAGUACGCUAAACUGCUUAAAUUAGCGGCUGCUGAAGAAACACCUCUGAAAAGACUUGAAUACGUCUCUGCUUUUGCUGUAAGUGCUCUUGCCUCUAAUUGGGAACGACUUGGCAAACCUUUUAAUCCAUUACUCGGCGAAACUUAUGAACUGGAACGAGAAGACUUCAGAAUUUUAUGUGAACAAGUAUCACAUCAUCCACCAGUCUCAGCAUUCCACGCGGACAGCGACGAUUUUAUUUUCCACGGAAGUAUACACCCGAAGCUUAAAUUUUGGGGAAAAAAUAUUGAAAUCCAUCCAAAGGGCAUUGUAACAGUUGAACUGCCCAAAUGGAAAGAGGCCUACACUUGGCAAAAUGUCAACUGUAUUCUACACAACGUAGUGGUUGGACAAUUGUGGAUGGAGCAACUGGGUGCCUUGGAAAUAAAGCAACACGGUGGAGCUAAUCUCAAGGCGACAUUGUCAUUCAAGAGCGCUGGUUCUAGUGGCAAAGAUUUACAUCGCGUUGAAGGUUUCAUCACCGACUCUGAAAAAAAACGAUUAGUUUUCUUGUACGGAAAAUGGACGGAAAAAUUACGCGCGUGCGAGCCAAGCUUGUACGACGAAACGCUGGAGAGGAUAAAACGGGAAGCUAAAAGUCCAAUAGGUAGUCCAGGUCAUAAAAAAGUCCUUGCUAAGCUCAAUAGUUUGACAAUAGGCGCUUUCAAGCCGUCACAUCAGGACGCUAUUGACGAGUCAACUGACGGCGAAGAUUGUCUUCCAGUAGAUGAGAUUUCCGGUUCCACCACGUUGUGGGAAGCCACUCCAAGACCUGCCAAUAGUGCAGAUUAUUACCAAUUUACCCAAUUUGCCAUGGCUCUGAAUGAACUUGAAGCGAGUUUAAACCAGAAGAUAUGUCCAACUGACUCAAGGUUGAGGCCAGAUAUCCGAAAGCUGGAAAACGGAGACCAGGAUGGCGCAGCCGCUGAGAAAGUGAGACUCGAGGAGAAACAGCGGGACAGUAGGAAGUCUAAAAAGCACAAAAAAGCUCCAGAACCGGAACCCAGGUGGUUCCAAUCAGGAGUGAACACCUACACUGGUUUAGAUGACUGGCUGUAUCGCGGCGGGUACUGGGACCGCAAAUUUUCAGACAUCGAAGAUAUUUUUUAGAUUCCUAUCUGGUUUGUAAAAUAUUGUUCGAUACAGAAUUAUGUUUGAGGUUGUAUAAUUUAUGGCCGGUGUGACUCGUACCUUCAACUCUCGUAUUUAGGUGACUUGUAUUCUGGUAGUUAAAAAAAAAAGUAAAUUAAAUAAAAUAUAUAUAUAAAUAAUAUAAAUACAUAAAUGUAUAUGGAUACUUACAAUUAGAAAAAUAAUGUUGAAUUAAAUUGUGUAAAUUUUUGUGAGAAGUGAUUGCAUUUAUUAAGUUAAUUAAAUGUAAAUUUUAAAGAAGAAUUAUAAACUAUUAGCAGAGGACUCUAUUUGAUGUUGAGUAAUGCUAAUGAGUAUAAAUAUGUUACGGGCGAUAAGAGAGUGAAGAGUAAAUGAUAAUUAUUUAUUGUAAUAAAUUAUAAUAUAUUGGAUGAUUAUUAAUUAUUAAUAACUGAUUAAGUAAAGUCACUGACUGUUUAUUGCGUGACUGUGAUCACUGCGGUGUCACAAUCGUAGUGUCAUUUCAUUAGUACAUAUAUUCGUCCACACGCGAUAUAUAGUUGUGAUGCCUAUAUGAUACCUGACACUCAGAUUAAUCUAUAAAAGUAAACAACAAAUUAUAAAUAUAUAAAUAAUUUUAUUAAUUUUCUGGGAUAUUAAGCGCUGUAUUUAGAUACGAGAGUCUAUACGUAAAAAAAUAUCUAAAAAAAAAAAUGACUAAGUAUUGAAUUAUUUAACUAAAUUUUGAAAAAAAAACUGCGACAAAUUACAUAAGUAAAAAUUGUCUAUUUUAUUUAACGAAAAAAUAAUAUCUAAAAAUGUAUACAAAUAUUAGUAAUGUGUGCGAUUAUUCGAAAUUUUAAAGCGAUGCAAUGUUUAGGGGUAUUGAUUUUUUAAUUAUUUAUACUAGACAGCUUCCGAACUUAACAAAAUAGUAUUUGUUUCCUACAAAACUUUUUAUUCGAUGCUUAAUGUGCCAAUAGACUGCUUAGAGUCAGUGAAAAAUAAAAAAACAUAUGAUAUUUAUUAUUAGAUUGGUUUGUAAAAUUGUUUUAUGUAUUUUAAAUUCAGUAAGAAAAGCGAUAGUACGUCAAUUAAGUUUAAUUUUAUUUGCAAAAGGCGUGGAAGAAAUAAUUUUUAUCGAUUUUGGAUAGUGGAAAAAAUGUAAAGUUUUAUCGCUUUUCAAUGAAUUAUUUUUAGCACAGCUUGUUUAAUGAACGAGCCGAUUCUGUAGAGCUAUUGUUUUACAUACGUUUUUUUUUUUUUUUUAUAAAUUUAUCAUUAGACGGUGUAAAAAUGAAUAAAAAAAUAAAUACUAGCUUGACACACUUUAGAAGAAAUUAGACCAGGGAAUUAGCCAUUGUGUGUUCGUAGGCUUCAUUACCAUUUCAAAGAAAAAAAAUAAACUGGAAGAUAAAAUGUAAACAGUAGCAAUAUGUAGUAGUAUAGUGCAGCAGUAACAUAGCUGAAAUAAAAAAUAAAUAUCAAUGAAUAAAUAAUCUGUCAUACGAAAUUUUAAGUCGAGAGCAUCAACAUACAGCUUGUACAUCGCAAUAAAAAUUCGUUUAUGCAUUUAA